AAUUAGUCAGUAAUUUAUACGUGACAAUAUUUCAAGCUCAUGAUGGCCACCUAAACCUUAUAAUAUAAUCCUUCCCUCGCUCUAUAAUCGUCUAUAAAUUGCUCCUUUCUCCAAAGCAUCUUAACACAAAUCAAAUUCAUCAAUAUCCAAUUAAGCGUACUCAUUUAGGAUAUUUGAGAUGGCUUCCCAAGUUAUUCUAGGGAUCACCAUUCUUGCUUUGGCUCUGGUUCAAGCUUUUGCUUAUGAUCCUAGCCCUCUGCAGGAUUUCUGCGUUGCUGACACGCAAUCAAAAGUAAUCGUCAACGGCUUUGUAUGCAAAGACCCGAAAACUGUAGUCUCCGAGGACUUCCUCUUCCGGGGACUCCUCAACGACUUCCGCCGCAACACCAACAACCGCGUCGGCUCUAACGUGACCCAAGUCAACGCAGACGCCUUCCCAGGCCUCAACACGCUCGGCAUCUCUCUGGCCCGCAUUGACUACGCCCCCUACGGCGGCCUCAACCCUCCCCACAAGCACCCUCGCGCCACCGAGGUCCUCACCGUCGUCGAGGGCACUCUCCACGUCGGCUUCAUCGCGUCCAACCCCGCCAACCGAUUUUUCCAGAAAGUUCUGCAGAAGGGUGAUGUCUUCGUGUUCCCAUUCGGUAUGAUUCACUUCCAGAUGAAUCUUGGUCAUACGCCGGCGGUGGCACUGUCGGCGCUGAGCAGUCAGAAUCCGGGAGUGAUUACGAUUGCCAACGCGGUGUUCGGGUCGAACCCGAGGGUGUCGAAGGAGGUGCUGAAGAGGGCGUUUCAGGUGGACGAUGAGGUGGUGGCGCAGCUCAUGGCUCAGUUCAAUUAGGAGGAAUGCACGUACGCUGGCGGGUGAAAGGCUUAGUCAUCGGCGUGAUUUGAAUUGAGUAAAUAAGCAUGAAGUACAGGGUGCUUUUUGCACCCGUCGAUAAUAAAGAUUUGUAUGUGUAUUUGUCACGGUCGAAGUUAUGAAUCAAGUGUGGGUUUUUACAUUAUUAUGAAAACUUUUGCAUCUUACUGGAAACUAGAUUUGUUAGUAAGUUAUUAAAUGA